AUGUUCUCUGUCUCCCACUGUCGCUUGGCCCCAUCAGCAUUCUUGUUCCUUUUACUUCUGCUUUGCAGUUGUGGGGUUCACGCCACGUACUCCGAGGAGCCGGCGAUGUCUGCGCUGUACUUCUCAAAGGCCUCGUACUGCGAUGUUCCAUCUAUUGGCAACUGGACCUGUGAAUCGUGUCAUAAGCAUCCCUCGUUCCAAGUGAAGAAGGUGUUUACGAACCACUCGUACGGUACCUUGGCGUACAUGGGUGUCAGCGAAGACCGCAUUGUGAUAAGUUUCCGU